UCAAACAUGUGCGCAUUAAAAUGUGAGUAAUGCGCAAGUAAUGGUGGACCACACCGGCGCUUAGACGAAGUCAUUCGAAGCUGCAUCAGUCUCCGACACACUAACCAAAACCAGUGCCAAUGUCUACUGUAAGAACUGAAUAUCAAAGACGACUUUUACUAACAGGAUUCUCGAUCCGGACCCUAGGGAUGUGGUUUCGUUCGAUAUUCUUGUCAAUAUUCAUCGAGUCAUCUUCAAAGAAACCGCAAGGAGCAUAACAGCAAAAUCCACAGCGUUUGAGGACCAAGAAAGUAUAAAAGCAGUAUGGACGGCGGGAUAUAACCCACUGCAGUUUUCUUCUCAAUCGGCCUACUUUCCUGACAGAAAUGCCGUCUACUCAUGAAAUUUCGAUAUCGUCCUAUACGCACGCUAGGCAAUUGCCUGACUUUGUGUUUAGCACUCUGGAGGCUAAUCGAAUCGAUGCCAACGUGAUUCUUCCCCUUCUGAGAAAGUCAUCCGAUAGCGAACGGUCGAAUUUGCCUAUCUCCUUCAACCAGCUAUGGCUCUGUUGUAUUUCCUAUGACAGCAGUAUUACCGGCACAGUGGAUAUGGUACUCUCUUGUACUGAGAACGAGUUGGGAAAAUACCCAAUUUUCAUCGUUCCUACCUGGCCCAGAUCGCUUUGGACUCGAAAUUCACUCGAGGUCCGCCUUCGGAAACUCGCAGAAGCUCUAUUCAAGAGCGUGCCCCGAGAACGAGUUUACAGCGUUUUUGCGCCAGAUAUCAUCGUUUCCCUAUUUUCACAGCAAUGGUCUGAGCUUGCGGGUGUUAGCAUCAACAAUGAGCCUUACUACGCGGCGAGGCUGCUGUCUUGCACUGCUGUCAUCCCUCAACCUUCGACACUCCCUCCUUUCGGAACCUGUCGCCUGGCAGACACUGCUGAUACCAAAACGGUAGCCAAGUUGUGUAGAAGAUUCUCUGAAGAAUCAGAACCCUUUGUUUUAGAACGUGAGGGAGCAUUCAAGGAAGCCAGAUUGCUCAUUUCCAAGGAACAAGUCUGGGUUCAUUGUGUCUCCGGGAAAAUCACUUGUAUCGCAGCCUUCACUAGGAACACUGCGGAUACGGCGACCAUUACAAAAGUAUACACACAUCGCUCUUGGAGAAGGCAGGGAUGUGCUAAACGCCUUGUAAGAGAGGUCACUGAACACCUGCUAGGAACUGGUAGGAGCGAGGUUGUAUUAUACGUUGCGCACAACAAUGGCAGCGCAGCAAAGGUCUAUGAAAGCGUUGGAUUCGUUGAGCCCGAUGGUGCUGUUGCCAUUGGGCACUCUGUCAAAUGGACAGAGGUAGGUUUCGACAGAAACUUCGUUGAGCUUGGUCACUGGUGAUUCCUCUUUACCUCGUAUAUUUAUUUGUAUCUGGACCCUGCUAGAACGUGCUAAGUAUAUACAUAGCGUGUAUCAAAAGGACAGAAUUUUCGUAAACACUAGAUAGAUAGAUAGAUUAUAAGUUUCACGGCUCCGUUUCAAUGGGAACAGCCAGGCCCAGCUGCCUCUAUCAUAUCUACUCAUCCCAGAGGAUGGUAC